GCCUCGUGUGCACGAAAGCAAAAGGACAAAAGCUCACCUGCCACUGCCAGCGUCUCUCUCUUCCUCCUCUUGCUGCAAGAGACACCAAUCUCCUUUUCUAAGCUUUGCUCGCUCCAUAUUUCCUCUUCUCUUUCUUCUUUCAUCCUCUCCAGUCUUCUGCCUUCUCUUUCAGUCGCUUCACUGCCAUCUUCGGCAUUGUGUCACUUGCGAGCAAAUACCAGUUGUUUGAGCCAAAUCCUAGUUGUUGUCAACUGGUUGCUUCAUCUGACCCUUUUCUCCCCUUUGCCUGCAAUGGCUGGGAGCUUUGAUGGGAGGACGCCAACAAGAGGUGUUGAGCAGGCCAUUGUUGCUCUGAAGAAGGGCGCACAUCUCCUGAAAUGCGGCAAGAGAGGAAAGCCCAAAUUCUGCCCGUUCAGGCUGUCUUCCGAUGAGAAAACAUUGGUAUGGUACUCCAAAGAUAGGGAAAAACAUCUGAGCUUAAACUCCGUGUCAACCGUAAUUCUUGGACAGAAGACUAUAAACUUUCUACGUCAGCGCUGGCCAGAGAAGGAAUAUCAAUCCUUGUCACUUAUAUACAGAAAUGGCGAAUGCUCACUGGACUUGAUCUGUAGAGAUAGAGAUCAAGCCGAAUGCUGGCAUCUUGGCUUAACAGCCUUAAUAUCAGCUCACAGUCCAUUUUCAUCAGUUGGGUCAAAGAGCGGUAGGCAGAUAACCAGUUGCACAAAUACUCCCCGCAGCUAUAUUCAGCGAAAGAGCAAGCUAUCAGCUGUGCACGACACACCAAGGCACAAACAGGUAUAUCCAUCGUAUGGGAGUCCUAAGAUGACACCAAAAGAUUUCUUUGGUAGUUACCUUGAUUGUUCGGAAGCAUUAUUUUACCAAAGACAGCAAACAUUUUCUGAUGUAGACUCUUACCUGGAGAAGCUUAACCCCAAGGUGACGAAUCCGGCAAGACAUGGUCUGAAGGACAUUUUGGUUGGUAACAAACAUAAGACACAGAUUACUCAAAAACCUAAUCUGAAAACAUUUGAAGUGCCCCGGGCAGCAUGCAGAUUGGAUUCUCUGAAUGAUGUUUUUCUCUGGGGCGAUGUUCUUGGCAGUAUGUUAGACAGUGAAGAUAUUCCAAAGGCCCUUCCGAGGUUAGUGGCAUCAACCACAAUGCUUGAUGUACAGAGCAUUGCUUGUGGGGAGAAUCAUGCAGCCAUAGUCACGAAGCUAGGGGAGGUCUUUUCCUGGGGCAAUGAGAGUAGCAGGACAUUGGGACACCAAAUAAAUGACAGUGUCUCGUGCCCUAAAUUGGUCGAGGCUCUUGCCUCUGUACAUGUGAAGGCUGUUGCAUUCGGAUCAAAGCACACCUGUGCAGUCACGGUUUCUGGCGAACUUCUUGAAUGGAGCGAAGGAGCUCAUAGGCUGGGUUUGUUGAGUAACUGGUACGAGAGGAACCAAUGGUCUCCCCAUAAAUUGUUCGGUCCUAUGGACAGCAUUUCUGUGUCGAAAAUUGCUUGUGGCGAGUGGCACACAGCGAUUAUAACAUCUUCUGGUCAGCUAUUCACAUAUGGAGAUGGAACAUUUGGUGUUCUUGGACAUGGGGAUAAACAAGGAAUUGCUCGACCAAAAGAAGUAGAGUCCUUAAAAGGGUUAAGAGUGAAAUCUGUGGCAUGCGGGCCAUGGCACACGGCUGCCGUUGUUGAAGUAACAAGCAGUUUCAACUGCAACGCUCCCAGUGGCAAGUUAUUCACAUGGGGUGAUGCAGAUAGAGGGAAGCUAGGUCACGCUGACAAAAAAAUUAAGCUUGUACCGACCUGCGUCGAUUUACUCACCAGCUAUGAUUUUCUUCAGGUAUCCUGCGGGGCAGCUCUGACUGUUGUGCUUACUUCUACUGGUGUGGUAUUUACCAUUGGAAGUUCCAAGCAUGGGCAACUAGGCAACCCACAUGCAGAUGGUGAAUCUAUUUGUACCGUUGAAGGAACACUUAAGAAUGAGUUUGUUAGAGAGAUAUCAUCUGGUUCUUCACAUGUAGCCGUGUUAACUUUGAAAGGACAAGUUUUUACCUGGGGUAAAGGUGCAGAUGGGCAACUUGGUUUAGGUGACUAUGACAAUAGGAGCUCUCCUACUUUAGUAGAGGCACUACAAGGUAGGCAUGUUCAAAGUAUAGCUUGUGGCUCCAAUUUUAGUGCCGCAGUCUGUUUGCAUAAGGGUAUGUCAGUAAAGGACCAAUCCAUAUGCAGCGGAUGCCAGAUGGCUUUUGGUUUUACUAGAAAGAAGCACAGCUGCUACAACUGUGGUUCCAUGUUCUGCAAUUCCUGCAGUAGUAACAAGAUUGCAAAGGCAGACAAGAACAGAAGAUAUCGUGUUUGUGAUGUGUGCUUCUGUCAGCUACAGAAAGUCGUGGAUUCUAGCAAAUUCAAGCCACAACCAAAGAUCAGCAAGGGAGACAUGUUUAGAGCAGAAAUAAAGGCAUAUACACCUAAACUGUCACGUUUAUUCAAGGAAGCAAACCUCAUUGUAGAAAAGAUGGCCGCAGUACAAGGUCCCAAUCAGAAAAAUGUGGAUUCUGCCAUUCCAAUUCAAGAAAAAACUCGAAGAUGGGGCCAAGUUGAGUGUCCUGGUCAAUUUGUAUCUGCACGAGAAAAUUUCAAGCAUCAGCCGAUAUCAAAUAACCAGAUGCACAGUGUAUCUUUUUCCCAAAGAAUGCAUGACUCUGUAGGGCUGAAGGUUGGCAACUCUUUGCGACGGUCUACUGAUAGCCAGAAAGAAGAAUUGACUAUGACGGAGACGAUGCUCAAGGAGGAAGUAAAACAGCUUCGCUCACAGGUCACUGCUCUUGGAGAACAAUGCCAGCAGAAAAAUCUUAUAGCCCAACUUUACAAACAAAGACUUGAUGAGACAUGGUUACUUGUUAGGGAUGAGGCGGCAAAAUGUAAAGCUGCAAAAGAUAUCAUAAAGGUUUUAACCAAUCAGUGUAAUGCCUUGUCAGAAAAACUUUCAGUUGGACAACAAUCAGGAAACUCAAAGAUCACACCUAAUAGCGUCCCAAGACGAGCACCUUCAACAGAUGUCGUUGUGCCAGCAGAUGGAUCAUUCAGUCAUCAUAAUAUCGCCAGAACAUUUGACAGCGAUGGAUAUACCACGGAAUCAAAUUCCACGGCUGCUCCAAUUGAUGGUCACCAGAAUAUCGCCAGAAAAUCUGACGGUAGUGGAUAUACCACAGAAGCAGAUUCCACUUCUGCUCCAAUUGAUGGCGUGAUCGAGCAGAUUGAACGUGGAGUGUAUGCUACACUUGCUGUAUCCCCAAGCGGACAGAAAGACAUAAGGCGAAUGAGAUUCAGUCGGAAGCAUUUUAGCGAGAAGCAAGCUCAACGCUGGUGGGAAGAGAACAUGAGCAAGGUAUAUGAAAAGUACAGCACCAAGAAAGCGGCUACACCAUCUCUGAACUGCCAUUUACGGUGACCAGCACAAGAAUUGUACAUGGGGGUAACCGGUGCUACCAAAUUGAACAGACCAAACUGAACAAUUGAGCAGUAUUCAGCAGGUAGGCGCGUAGCAUGAAGCAGCGGGAAUUUUGUAAACUGCAUAGUGAUCUAAUCAACUUUGCUUUGUACAAUGCGCAGUUGAACUUACUGUCAAUAUGCUUCCACCAGGAAGAACUGGCCAACUGGGUGGCGCCAUGGUUUGUUCCGUUUAUGUACAGAUUCCGAUAGGUUUGAUGUUGAUGAGAUGGGAACGCAAGGGUUUGGAUAUAUGGUUCCGGUUAGAAUUUGGGUUGUGGGCCUGAUCAACCAAAGACCAAUUUUAAUAAAUUCUCAAAAUUUCAAAGGACCA